UGUCUCUGUGGUCGGCCAGCGUUGGGGUCACAGCUUUUGUGGUUCGGCUUCGGCCGCUGGGUGAGAGCUCGCUGGAGGACCCCCAAAGGGAAACCUAAAGUCGGGCAACAUGGACGUUCUGAAGUCGGAGAUCCUCCGGAAGCGGCAGCUGGUGGAGGACCGGAACCUGUUGGUGGAAAAUAAAAAAUACUUCAAGCGUAGUGAACUUGCAAAAAAAGAAGAGGAAGCAUAUUUUGAAAGAUGUGGCUACAAGCCUAUAAAUGAGAAGCCAUCUGGAGAGAUACAGACAAAAGAGGAGGACCAGAAACCAUUAACUUCAUCAAAUCCAGUAUUAGAACUUGAACUGGCAGAGGAAAAGUUACCCAUGACUCUUUCUAGGCAAGAGGUUAUCAGAAGAUUAAGAGAAAGAGGAGAACCAAUUAGACUAUUUGGAGAAACUGAUUAUGAUGCUUUUCAACGUUUAAGAAAAAUAGAGAUCCUCACACCAGAAGUUAACAAGGGAUUGAGAAAUGAUCUGAAAGCAGCUUUGGAUAAGAUUGAUCAGCAGUACCUCAAUGAACUUGUGGGCGGUCAGGAACCUGGAGAGGAAGACACACAGAAUGAUUUGAAAGUUCAUGAAGAAAACACCACAAUAGAAGAAUUAGAGGCUUUGGGAGAAUCUUUAGGAAAAGGUGAUGAUCAUAAAGACAUGGACAUCAUUACCAAAUUCCUUAAGUUCCUCCUUGGUGUUUGGGCUAAAGAAUUGAAUGCCAGAGAAGACUAUGUGAAGCGCAGUGUGCAGGGCAAACUGAACAGUGCUACACAGAAACAGACUGAGUCCUAUCUCAGACCCCUUUUCAGAAAGCUGCGGAAAAGGAAUCUUCCUGCUGAUAUUAAAGAAUCCAUAACAGAUAUUAUUAAGUUCAUGCUGCAGAGAGAGUAUGUGAAGGCUAAUGAUGCUUAUCUUCAGAUGGCCAUUGGAAAUGCCCCUUGGCCCAUUGGUGUCACCAUGGUUGGUAUCCAUGCCAGAACUGGUAGAGAAAAGAUUUUCUCCAAGCAUGUUGCACAUGUUUUAAAUGAUGAAACACAGAGGAAAUAUAUUCAGGGACUGAAGAGGUUAAUGACCAUUUGUCAGAAGCACUUUCCUACUGAUCCCUCAAAAUGUGUGGAGUACAAUGCACUCUGAGAUCUGUGUACGAUGUGCAGAUGACAAGGAGAGACUUAAGGGAGCAUGGUUCGGACUCCUGGAACACCAGCAGGAACAAGGGAGGAAGAAAAAUGGAUUUCCUCAACUCUGGGUUCUACCUAAUGCAGCUCUUGGUUUUAAGAAGUGUCUUGGCACUCAUACCACAUCUGACUGCAAAGUGAUUUCUGUCUUGCUGACAUUUUAAAUAGUUGAAAAAUUAAGUUCAAGAAGACUUUCCCCCUAAUUUAAAUGUGCAGACAGCGGUCACAGAAGGGGCUUUAAAAUGACUCCUUUUCCUCUAGACCUGAAAGUUGCAGUUUGAUGAUUGAAAAGGUACAUAUGAUGGUGGACUUAAUUGUUUCUGUAAAAUAUGGCAAUUUUCACAUCAUCCUUUAUGUCAUAUUUUCAGAAAGUAUUUUCAUAUAUUUCAACAAAAAUAUGGAACCAUUUAACAAAACUUCACAAUCCUUAAAUGUUGCUGAAAGUUAAAUGUUGCCGAUUUACAUGGUGGGGCCGCCGGACCUCAGCGACGCCUCAGCGGACCUCAGUGGCCACGGUGGUGGCUGCUCUGGACCUCAGCGGCAUUGUUGUCCAGGUGGCAGGUGCUCUGGACCUCAGCGGUGUCGUGGUCGAGGUGGUGGACCUCCGUGGCAGCUUGGUCAUGGUGGUGGGUGGUCUGAACCUCAGCGUCAUGGUGGUCCUGGUGGUGAGGGCUCCAGAUUGCAAUGUCACUGUGGUACCUGCUCUUCACCAGCCUCUCAGGUGGACUCCCACACCAGCUCAACACAGGAAUAGUCAAUCUCAAACUCCUCUCCAACUGCUCGCACAAUUCUGUCUCCUCUCUUUCCUCCUCACUCCUUACUCUCCAACAGCUCACAAAGCGGGAUGCUGGCCUUCUUUUAGCCAAGUAUCUGUGGUAACCGAGGGAAGGGGCGGAGCCUGUGAGCUCAUAAGAGGGACUUUGACCCCAACAUGUCUACUGUUGGGAACAUUUAAAAAAAAAAAUUCGAGGUUCCUAUGUUUGUCUUAGCUCAGUUACCCAUUGACCAUAGGUGGCAUUUUGAGUAUUUGUCACAGUCCUCAGCCUCCCUGGGUCUGGUGGAGGGGACACAUUUCUAUCUAGGGUUAGUACACCUCAAGGUCCAGUGACAGACCUUUGCCGCGCUUGCCUAAUCGCCGACCACGCCCCACGGCCCACGUGGUCAUGUAGUCCUGGCCCUCACAGCACAGGCCAGAGGCGGGGUAAGGCCUAGCACAGUCCCUCUUGGGACCCUCAUCUUGGUUCCAUUGCUCAGUUGUUGUGCACACACCACCUGUCUGCUCUGUACCCUUUUUCCACAGGUUGAUAAACUUGGGAUCCAUUCUGUCAUCAUCCAUCUAGUUUGGCGUGGCUGUUCAUUGCAUUUGUGAAUUUGUGUGUCUGGCUUGGUGAAGUAUUUGCAUUUCUUAGUUUCCAUGAUGCUGACCGUUUUUGUUCAUGGCUUUUGUGAAAGACACCGUUGUCUUCAUUUCUCCUGCACUUUCCUGCAGCUUGCAGAGAGCUUGCUCGUGGCCCUGUGCUCCAGGGUCGGGAUGGGUGAGGACUAGCACCCUGCCACUGCCCUCGUGCCACUCACCACACUCUGUGGGUCCCCACCUGGCUACUGGCUCCGCUGCAGGAUCUCUGACUCUUCCCCGGGCUCUGGACCAGGCCCUGCCCCACUGAGGAGCCCUGUGCCCAUCUGCUGUCUUGGCCAUGACAUGGCCACAAAAAUAAUUUUUAAGAAAUAGUUUAGAAACAGUUCCUCACAUGCAAUUUAAACCAGCCACUGACUAAAUAAUUCCUUUAUAUAUUCUGUUCUCUCAAACUUUUUUGCCCAAAUUCCUAUACACCUUAGCUGAAGGAACGUGCUUUACUUUUCUAAUUAUAAGGGAACUUCAAGAAUCUGCAGGCAACCCAGGUAUAUGCCCUAACUGGAAAUCAGCCUGUAACCUUUCAGCUAUGCGACAUGCGACUAUACUCCAAGCAACUGAGCCACAGUGGCAAGGGCUAUGAUGAUAUUUUUUUAUUUUUUCUUAAAUAUAUAUUUUAUUGAUUAUGCUAUUACAGUUGUCCCAUUUGUUUUUCUCCCCUUUAUUCACCUCCAACCGGCACCCUCCCACUAGCAUUUCCCCCCCCCCUUCCUUAGUUCAUUUCCGUGGGUCAUAUGUAUAAGUUCUUGGGCUUCUCCAUUUCCUAUAUUAUUCUUAAUCUCCCCCUGCCUAUUUUGUACCUACUAUUUAUGCUGCUUAUUCCCUGUACCUUUCCCCUAAUUCUUCUGUUUUACUGUUUGUAGGUUUUGAUCUUCUUUUUCUUAGGUAAGUCUCUAACAUCUCAUAUGAUAAGGGCUUGGUGAUGAUGAACUUAUUUAACUUCACCUUUUCUGGAAAGCACUUUAUCUGCCCUUCCACACUAAAUGAUAGCUUUGCUGGAUAGAGUAAUCUUGGAUGUAGGUCCUUGUCUUUCAUGACUUAAAAUACUACUUUCCAGCCCCUUCUUGCCUGCAUGGUUUCUUUUAAGAAAUCAGCUGAUAGUCUUAUAGGAACUCCUUUGUAGGUAACUCUGCUUCGCUCUUGCUGCUUUUAAGAUUCUCUCAUUUUUAAUCUUGGGUAAUGUAAUUAUGAUGUGCCUUGGUAUGUGCUUCCUUGGGUCCAACUUCUUUGGGACUCUCUGAGCUUCCUGGACCUCCUGGAAGUCUUAUUUCCUUUGCCAUAUUGGGGAAGUUCUCCUUCAUUAUGUUUUCGAAUAAGAUUUCAAUUUCUUUCUCCUCCUCUUCUCCUUCUGGCAUCCCUGUGAUUCGGAUGUUGGAUCGUUUAAAGUUGUCCCAGAGGUUCCUAAGCCUCUUGUUAUUUUUUUUUGAAUUCUUCUUUCUUCAUUCUGUUCUUGUUGAAUAUUUGUCUCCUCCUUCUUCCAAUCAGUGAUUUGAGUUCCGGUUUCCUUCUCUUUACUGUUGGUUCUCUGGAUAUUUUUCAUUUCACUUUGCAUAGCUUUCACUUUUUCCAUUUUGCAACCUUACUCAGCCAAUUCAGUGAGCAUCCAGAUUACCAGUGUCUUGAACUGUGCAUCUGAUAGAUUGGCCGUCUCUUCCUGCUUAGUUCUGUUUUUGGAGCUUUGAUCUGUUCUUACAUUUGGGCCAUAUUUCUUUGUCUCAGCACACUUGUUAGGUUGAAAGGGGCAGAGCCUUAGGUAUU